CAGCUGCAAAAGAGUCAAAUGGACAAGGUUGGAGGCCGGUCGGCAGCAGUUCACAGCAGCAUCGUCAUGUGUCGAACACCCAUGGAUGCCAAUCUCGUACUAAUUCUUUUUGGUGAGGCUGGUUGGUUGCACAGCCAAAACUUUGAUCCAGCCACAGGGCCAACCCUCUUUGCCCUGGAGAUCUGGACCACCGCCAGCGUUUGUUUUGCGCUGUUCGAUAUUAUUGCCUAG